AUGGCGUCGUCGUCGACUUUGCAGCUCUCGUCGACGCUCGCGAGCGGCACAUCGGUGACAAGAGUCAACCCAACAGACUCUUUGACCUCUUCAAACCCACCUUCAUCGACUUCGGGCUCCGACAGCGGCUAUGGAGGCAGUCCCUUUGCGCCUUCAUCAGGCCAGAACGGUCCAGACGGUUUACCAGGGGGUCCAAACAUCUAUCUAUAUGGAUUUUUGGCAACAUUGGUCCUCAUCUUUCUAGUAUCUAUCGCUGUAGCUUGGAAAGGGUACCGCACACGACGACUACUGCGAGCACGCAUCGAAGAGGCUAUAGCUCGUGGCGUGUAUAUCCCCGGCUAUGGUGAUCCUGUGGAACGACAACGACAACGACGUCCAGUUGGUCCCAAGCCCAUCAUGUGGGAAGAGUGGAUAGAAAAGGAUUCGCAUACAGACGUGCCAAGGGAGAAAACCGUGUGGGAUAUCAAGCCGACCGCUGUCUCAGUAUCGCACUCAAUCAUGACCCCAGCAUCUCCAGGAUCCCAACCUUCAACCUCUCCGGCGAGGGUCACUGGAAUGCAGCGGUACCGACAGAAUAUUCGUCGAAUGUUUGCUCCCGUCGGCGAAUACUGGUUUGGAUACCCGCAUGAUUCCGCUUCCGAUAUUCAACGACCUGAGCCGGCUGUAGUGGACAGUGAGCUUAAAAAUGGUGUGCCUACGAACACAGAGGAGCUAUUGAAGGACGCCGAAGAUGUCAAUGUCUCAGUUAUGAUCCUCAUGCCCUCUUCCGAUAAACGAAUUUAUCACGGUUCAUGGAGACAGGCUGGAGAUAAAGGGAAAAGCGUCUCCCGAUCGUCUUCUCAAAGUGGGCAACAUCCGGAAGAAGAGCAUGGCCAAAUUAAUCCCGAGAUUAUUGAAACGGCUGCUGCAAGUCACGGAACGGAUCGACAUGACCAGGAGGCCGAGCAGCUACCGGAACUGGUACUGGGGGUGGCUGCCGUUGCCUUGCGACCUCCAACUUCAAUACUGUCGGCAGGCAAGGAGAUGGAAGGUCCCGAGCGGCAUCACCCCCUACGUUCCGAAGUCUCCUCGGGUUUGACGCCCUCGGGAAGGUUCAGACAAGGUCUUCAGAAAUCUUUUAUAGGGACAAUCUCCACAUUCGCCGUCGACCUCUGCCCCAUGACUUCCCUUUCCUCCCCUCCGGUCCACCUUCCAGAAGAUGUCUACCAGACGCUGGUCGAAGCGUGGAAGAAUAUGGAUGCCUCACGAUACACCUGCGCGGGUGGACUGGUGGUUAUGUUUUACGACUGGAUGAUCACGUUUGACGAGGAGAUGGAGCUCAUAUGGAGGAUGCGUAUAGGAAGCACGAGUAUAUUGUUUCUCAUUAAUCGUUAUCUUUCAAUGCCGUUCUUAUUAAUGUACAACUAUCAUAUCGCUGGUUUGCGAGGGGACGUUUCAGAUAAUGAUUCUGACUCGUCUCUGCCCAGCUGUCGAGCAGAAGUGAUCACCAAUGCGAUAGCAUGGGCCAUUUCUCUCGCAAUCUCAACUUGGCUGCUAUCGCUUCGUGUCAUCUCUCUCUGGAGUCACCACAAGCUCGUCAUUUAUUCCACUUAUGCCUUUUCAUGA